AUGAAUGGCAUUGUGGGCUCGCCGUCGUUGGACAGUGGAUCUGGAAACGCUGCUGCUGAACGAGCCACUCCUAUUCGAGGAACAAAGGAGAUUCGGCUCGAGCAGCUCGCCAGCGAGCAUGUCGACAUCAAGCGUUGGAUCAAUGCCUCACUACAUGAACUCGCGCCGCCAGAGGGUGAAGCAGAAGAGAGCGACGCAGAGGUGGAGGCGCGCGUCACGAAGCUCCUUAACCGGCUGCAGGGAUACUCACAGGAAGUGGCGGGUUCGGUAGAGGAUACCAUCACGCAGGCGCUCGUACGGUUGCCGCGGACAGGGCUGGAGGUUGGCCGCAUGGCUACUGAAGCCCAGCAGUUGCAGCAGCAGCUGCAGACGAUGCAAGAGGUUGUGCAGCCAGCGGUGGAGACUGCUGCGAAGCCGUAUGUAGCGCAGUUGAACGCUUUUAAGAAGACACAGGAAAAACUCACUAGAUGUGCUGAUAUGCUUCGAAAGGCCUCGCAAGUGGACACCAGCAUGAAGCAACUUGACGAUGUCAUGCAGCAGCUGCGCAUCACCCCGGCGGAAGUUAACAUGGAUGCUGUGGCAGAGGCCAUUAGCCAGGUUCGCCGUAAUCUCGCGGACCUCCAGAAGUUAGAGGUGACUUUCGGUGAGAAGCAGUUGGAGACCGUUGAACGGUAUGAACAGGUCGUGCAGCACACCGUUGAGGUGGAGUGCAUGGAGAAGCUGCGGCGGCGUGAAGUGGAGCGUGCGGCACAGCUGCUGAAGGUGCUUGAUACCAUUGGCCGUGCCGAUGCUGUUCUGCAUCAAUACGCGGUGGAAAGCAUGGCGAGUGAGAAGGAGCGGGUGGUACAGCUCCUGCGAGGUGGCGACAUGGCAUCUAACGCGAUGUCCCCUGCCCGAGCUGCUGAAGUGCUAAAAGGGCAGCUGAUGCCCUCCAUUGGCUACGCCCUCGCAGGCCAGCUGGAUUACCUACUGCGUAUGAUGGAGGCCGACGACCUCAGCUGCCUUGAGGCGCUCAGAACGUGGAAGCCACACGAGGCGGAGGCGCGCACGAUGAAGGUGCUGCAGUUGAUGGUGGGGGAGGUGAGCGGCGGCAUUGCGGAGGCGCUGGGGCCUGUGCUAGACCGGGUGGAACACAACCAGGAGUUGGUCGCGUGUUGCGACGCGGUGCGGCAGCUCAAGGUCUGGGAUGAAACAGGCUGCGACACUACUACCAGCAGUAGCCACUAUGCGUCUCUGCGGGAGAAGAUUGCGAAACAGAUUUCCGCCUAUGUCCUAUCGGAUAUAAUGCAACUGUUUAGUCAAACAAAGACGUUGGAUUCGUUCGUGCAGCGUGAGGCUUGCCGCGUUGAAGCCCUUGUAAAAGACCCCAAUUGCAUUAUGUUCCCCGAACGCUUUCGAGCGGUGAUGGAUGUCGUUUUGGAUGCGGUAAAAAGUAUUGUGCGCUUCUUUCCUGAUAAGACACUCCCUAUGUGCGUUGGGAAGUGGCGGGAAUCCAUACUUGAGGCCAUUUCUCACCUCCGGCCGGCACCGCGUAUGCCGCAGGGAGGGCUGCUCGAACGUCUUUCUGCGGCGCGCACGGUGGUGCGGCAGCUGCUGCUAAACUCGCAGAAGGCGAUCACCGACUACCUCGCCUCGCCUGAGCUCCAGCGGCUGUACCCGAGCGUGGCGGAUGCCGUGGAAAACCAGCUACGCACCCAGUUCUGGGCACCGCUCACGGAUGCGCUCGACACAUGCGCCGCGGAGUGCCAACAGGCGCUGAAGCGUAGCAUAAUUGAGCCCGUCAUUGCCAAAGCGGAGGGGUACGACACACAGGCGUUUUGGGGAUCAAAGCGGUCUGAGGACGUUGGCCGCGCGGCAGUUUCACCGCCAGUGCCGUAUACCCCGGCCCAAAUCGCACCAAGCGAACUCGUUCGGGCACUCGGCGAGGCCAUUGUUGAGAUCCCACUCGCGCUGGAGGCGCUGCGCGGGGACGACGACGCCCGCCUCGACGGCAUUGAGGAAUUGUUGGAAGAGGUAGCGGAGCCCUGGCUGGACGACAUUGUGCGCGCCGCGGUGGCCGACUUUAUCGAGAGCAAGGUGGGCAACAUAACAAUUUAUUUCCCCAGCGGCCAGCCUGACGCACCCAAAAAGGCGGCGGCGGCGGUCGAGCAGCUGGCGACGGACCUUGGGUAUUUGAAGAGCGUCCUCUCCGCGGUAAGUGACGACCCCUUUGAGGAGCUCGAACGGGCCCUGGCGAAACUGAAGGCAGUCGGGCCCCCCACCGGAAUGCCUAUAGCGGUGCGCCAGCUCAUUGCGGAGGAAAAAGUGUGA